AUGGUCGAUGCACAUUCCCGGCCUGCAAUGCCACUCCAAAUUCAACCAGAGAGGGGACUAGGAUGGAUCAAUUUGGGGUCAUCACUUCAUAGCAUUGUCUCGAGGCUAAAGGCGUCGCCAGAGCAGUUUCCUGGACUUGAUAUAGCAUAUACGCCCUCUGCCCCAAUCACCAAUCCUAUCAUUGUUAGUCUUGCUCACAAUGGCUUGAGAUUGCGAUUCGAUGGGCCAGAUCAGCGGCUUCGGUUGAUCGAGAUACUCGACUUCCCAUUGAUCGGAGUUGCCUACAAAAACAUCGAUCUUAUUCGCCGCAACAAGCCCUCGGAUGAGACUCAACAGAACGAGAUUCCAAUCAGUGGACCAACAUUCAAACACAUCUACAAUCGACUGUUUGGACCCACGUACGCAGGAGAGUAUCUUCCGCCAGUUUCAGGCCAAUCGAACGGCACCUAUGUUCUUUCAUAUCCUGGUAUAGCAUUUACAUUCCCAAUCAAGCAUAAAUCAUGGUCCGACAAAAUCGACUUUGUCUCUAUUCUGUCUUCAACUGCUACUGGUCCUGCUACCUCCAUGGCGAUAUUCUCGGGCAAUUCUUGGACAGAGACACGGUCGAAUCUGUAUACAAAGACUCCAACUCUGCCUCGCUCUCCUGCUCUCUCGGCGAAAUCCAUCGAAACCGUCCCUGAUGAGGUUGAGGAAGUCAGAGUGUUUGGUGCAGGCCGACUAGAAUUUGUACGAAGAAGCACUUCGGCCUUUACAAUGGUACUGAACGAGACCACACCGCAAGAUCUAGUGGCAGAAUUGGGUCCGCCCGAUGCGAUUUAUCGCAAGCAUGACAGACGGAUCUCGAUUCACGCGACUGGCAAUACCACCAACAGGCGGAGGCCGAGUAUUUCUCCAGGUCUCGAUCCGCAGUCCUUGGAUACCGAUCAAUCAUCGAUCCAAAGCUACACCGAGGAUUCCGAUAUGGACACAGAGGCACAAGAAGGUCGAGUGGAGGAUCGAAGCGAUGAAUGUUUCUACAACUAUUUCCACCACGGACUCGACAUAUUAAUAUCUCUACCUCAGACUAAAUCACCACCAUUUCCCGGAUCCGCCAAUGUCGAGUUGCCUAUAUCAUCGAGCUCUCAGCUGGUAGUCAGCAAGGUAUUUCUUCAUGGCAAUAUUCCAGGGUCGUUUUCGUUCAAUCGACAUAGGAGAAGUCGGUGGGUGAUCAAAACAAGUGGUGAAAACCGAGGGGUAAGUUUGACAUCAGAAAUGGGAUUUCCCGAGAUAUCUACUGCCCUUCGUGAAGUUUGGCACGAGACGUACCAGGAUGCGGAGCAGGAGAGACAAAUGCAACGGGGAAUGGUGUUGAACCGAGGGUGGGCAGAGAGUCCAGAGAGUUCGAUCGAGCUUCUAGGGGACUUUGAGGAAGUCAGUGCUCCAGACACGGGUGAUGACAGGGGCAUGUUAGAUGGCGCUGGUGGGUUGAACAACACAGAGCUAUUCGGGUUUCCAGGAUUGCUUUUCGAAGUUCUCAAAAACGACACUAUCAGUUGUUUGACAGUGUUUUGA